AAAAAAUUAGAAUUACCAGAAGUAUGGUUUUUUUUUUAAUAAUCACUUGGUGAUGUAUCUUUAAAAAAAAAAAAGGAAAGGAAAUGGAAAAGCCUCUGUUGAGCCCAGAUCUUUGCCCCGGCCUCCCCCCCACCCCCGCACCUGAGUUCCAGAAUGUGGGGCCAGGCCGCACCCUCGCAGGCUGUGUCCCCGGCUUUGCUUGCUCAGCGCCACAGGGGAUCAUUAACUUCCCCGUGGUUACUCAGACGUCCACAUUAGGACUCAUUUGCCACAGCUGAACGCCCCUAGGUGGCCGCAGCAGGCAGGUGAGCCCCGGGGCCCCUCCCUCCCUGUCAGGCGCCCUGAGAAGUUAAUCUUCCUGCCAGCAGUGGCCUUUUUUCCGUGUUCUUGUCCUGCUGCCUCGGAGAAGACCGAAGAGGGCCCUGAGUCGCCAUGGACUCUGCCGUUCUCCGCUGGGAGCCUCCCAACCCCUCGAAGAGUGAUGAUGUGUCCAGCUUCCACACUGAUGACCAAGACAGGAAGAAGAAUGGGCAACCUGGGAGCCCUAGCCCCAGCCACCUGGCCUAUGGCAUCUUGGACACCCCACCGUGGUAUCUCUGCAUCUUCUUAGGGAUCCAGCACUUCCUCACGGCCCUGGGGGGGCUCGUGGCAGUGCCGCUCAUCCUGGCCAAGGACCUGUGCCUGCAGCACGACCCCCUGACACAGAGCUACCUCAUCAGCACCAUCUUCUUCGUCUCGGGGCUCUGCACUCUCCUGCAAGUGUUCCUAGGGAUCAGGCUGCCCAUUCUCCAAGGAGGCACGUUUGCUUUUCUGGCGCCCUCCCUGGCCAUGCUGUCCCUGCCUGCCUGGAAGUGCCCCGAGUGGACACUCAACGCCAGCCAGGUGAACACCAGCUCUCCUGAAUUCACUGAGGAAUGGCAGAAGAGGAUUCGGGAGCUGCAGGGUGCCAUCAUGGUCGCCUCCUGUGUCCAGAUGCUAGUGGGCUUCUCGGGCCUCAUCGGCUUUCUCCUGCGCUUCAUCGGCCCCCUGACCAUCGCGCCGACCAUCGCCCUGGUGGCCCUGCCUCUCUUUGAUUCUGCGGGCGCCGACGCCGGGAUCCACUGGGGCAUCUCUGCCUUGACCAGCUUCCUCAUCGUGCUGUUCUCUCAGUACCUGAAGAACGUCGCCGUGCCCGUGCCGGUCUACGGGGAGAAGGGCCGCACCUCCAAGUUCUACCUGUUUCAGGUCUUCCCUGUGCUGCUGGCCCUCUGCAUCUCCUGGCUCGUCUGCUUCGUGCUCACCAUCACCGACACCCUCCCUGUGGCCCCCAGUGCCUAUGGGCACCUGGCUCGCACCGACACCAAAGGCAGCGUCCUGAGCCAAGCCCCCUGGUUUCGCUUCCCUUACCCAGGACAGUGGGGCCUGCCCACGCUCAGCCUGGCGGGGGUCUUUGGGAUCAUCGCGGGAGUGAUCUCCUCCAUGGUGGAGUCUGUGGGUGAUUACUACGCAUGUGCCCGGCUGGUGGGGGCCCCGCCACCCCCAAAGCACGCUGUCAACCGCGGCAUCGGCAUCGAGGGUCUCGGCUGCCUGCUGGCCGGCGCCUGGGGCACAGGGAACGGCACCACCUCCUACAGCGAGAACGUCGGGGCGCUGGGCGUCACCAGGGUGGGGAGCAGGAUGGUGAUCGUCGCCGCGGGCUGCGUGCUGCUGUUGAUGGGUGUUUUGGGGAAGAUCGGGGCCGCGUUUGCCACCAUCCCGACCCCCGUGAUUGGAGGCAUGUUCCUGGUCAUGUUCGGGGUCAUCACCGCCGUGGGCAUCUCGAAUCUGCAGUAUGCGGACAUGAACUCCUCCAGGAACCUGUUUGUCUUCGGCUUCUCCAUCUACUGCGGGCUCGCCGUUCCCAGCUGGGCCAACAGGAACCCCGAGAUCCUCCAGACAGGUGUUCCACAGCUGGACCAGGUCAUCCAGGUGCUGCUGACCACGGGCAUGUUUGUGGGCGGAUUUCUGGGCUUCCUCCUGGACAACACUAUCCCCGGAAGCCGGGAGGAGCGGGGCCUGCUGGCCUGGACUCGGAUGCAGGAGGCAGCUGGGGAGACUGCGAUGGCUGCCGAGGUCUACCAGCUGCCCUGGGGCAUCGGCACCAAGUUCUGCACGCCCUCCUGUGCCCAGCACCUCCCGUUCUGGCCCAGCAAACGGCACCCACCUGCUGCUGCCGAGACCAGGCUGAGACCCGGAUGCACAGGCUGCUGUGACCCGGGCAGCUCCCAGAACCCGCCAUCCCAGGCAGGAGCUGUUCUCUGCAGGGGCCACUCUGUCCCGAACCCCCGGCCCGCCUCUGGCUGGUGUUCAGAGCAGUGGGUGGGCAGCCCCGAGCUCCCCCUGGGGAGCGACACCCUCUUGGCCAAACUGUAACGCUGAUCAGAAACAGUUCUUGGCUUCCCUGUAGCCGUGCCUGGGCUGCUCAGUGGUCCUGGGUUGGUGACCGUGAACUUCCCAGGGGCUGGCAGUGCCGCCUUCCCCAAAUGCAUCCUGUCUUUAUUCUAAAGCCCCUCCCGCCUCUGUCCUCGUCCUGGUCCUCCCAGGGAGGGGGAGUUUGGGAAGCACCCCCACCCCGUCCCCACGUCUGUGCCGUGGGCGUGUCUCCCCGUCCCGGGCAUCCUGAGAAAGCUGGCCUCCGCCUGUGCGAUCAUCCUCCCCUCUUGCGUCCUCAACUUUUCCUUCUUGGAGUAAUCGAGUCUGCCAACUUCCAUUUUUAUUUUUUAACCUGACUUGUGUGUAUGGCGUGGUGGCAUUAGAACACUAGGGGUCAGCCUCUAUAGCAAGCUGCCGGAAAAUGGGCUGCUGCUCCCGGAGACCCUGGGCUGCACAUCCUCCCUCCUGCCCCCUGUCUCUCCCCCUGCAGCACUUCCUGCCCUGCCCACCUCUGCCCUUUCUUUUCUUUGGGUUGGACCGUGAGGAUUUGGGAGUACCUGGUGGCAUUCUCACCAGCUGGGCUGUUUGCCAGUACAGGGGAGCCACAGCAGGACAGACAGCAGGAGAGCAGUGCUGGGACCGUGCCCGGGAAGAGCCUCCGUCUGCCCUUAGCUGUCCUGUGUGUGUCAGAACACGUGGUUUCAGAGCCCUGGGGAUGAGGCAGCUCUGUGAGAGGCAUACGCAGAAGGAGCCGUUUCUGACAUUUCCAUAAAAGCAUCAAGGCCCGUUGUUCAGGGUCAAGGUCACAGGAGUGCCUUUUUCCACCUGCAGCUGAGAGCUGCUGGGUGGGAGGGGCAGGCGUGACUAGGUUGAUAGAGAACGAGUGUUGAAUCUGAUGCCCAGCCCAGUCACCCUUCCACCCACACACUGAUCUGCUGGAGCCCAUGGCAUCUGUCAACUCCAAGGUCACUGUCAGAAUCUGCCACCCCUGGGGUUAAGGCCACUCAGGACAUCAGAGCCCCAAGGGUUCAAGUCCCAGCUCCACCCCCAAUGUCAGCUUCCUGCUAAUGUACACCCUGGGGUGGGGGGUGGGGGCAGCAGGUGGUGGCUCAAGUCGUUGGGCCCCUGCCACCCACAUGGGAGACCAGGACAGGGGUUCUGGCUCCCAGUUUUGGCCUGGUUCAGCCCUGUCUGUUGCAGGCAUCUGUGGAGUGAAUUAGCACAUGGAAGCUCUGUCUCUCAAAUAAAGAUAAGUUGAUCAGUUAGGAAAAACGAACCCUGUACCUUGCUCAGGUCCUUUAGUGCCCGACGCUGCUGGCCUGGUAUUCUCGUCCUCCAUCCCCCUGCUCGACUCCUGCCCCCACCUUUAUCUUCGCUUUCUCCCUUCCCAGCCAUGACCUUGAGGUGUCGCCGUGGCUGAGGACUGGCUUCGUGUUUCUGCAUCCUAACUCUUUACUGUCCGGCUGGAGGUUUUUCACAUUUUCACCUUAAAAUAACCACAAACACGCUGUCCAUUCUGGGGGAAGUGGGGGAUCCUGGGUUCUCUUCUGUUUCUUGGUUUUGUGGCUUCAGCCAAAGCUGUGGUUUCUCCAUCUGCCAAAUGGAGGUAACGACAGGUGCCUGGCCUCUCCCGCAGAGCUGUUUGAGUGACAGUGGUCCAGCACAGGUCCCCAAGGGGUGCCUGUGACCGUUGGCUUGAGCUGUCAACUUGGCCAAACUGCGGUGCCCAGGUACUCAGCCAAACGCUGGUGUCCGGGGUGCUUGUGAGCACGUGGUGUGGGUGUGGUUAGCAUCUCCAGGCAGCCGGCUGCAGACGGAGGGUGCUCUUGCUCCCUGAUGUGUCACGGGAGGUCGCCAGGAGGAGGAGUUGUGCCUGGAGACUGUAGCAUCAGCUCCUACCUCGGCGUCCAGCCCGCUGACCCCACACUUGUGGGAAUCAAGUCCUCAAAAUAAACCCACAUCUUCCUCUCCAGCCUGGUGGUUCCUUUCUUUGCGGAACCCUCCCACUGCAGUCCUGACUCGUGUGGGAAGUUCCCGGUGAGGUUACAAGAGAGCACCUUACUGAUAAUCCAGGCAGAGUCCUCGCCGGGGACAAAGAAGUUCACUCUGGGCCACGCCAGUGUCCAACAGGGCAUGAGAAGGAGAAAACCACUGCUGGGACUGAAGGCGGACUGUGGGGACAUCAGCCCUGGCACGUGACCGUGGGGAAAAGGGACACCCCAGCAUUACAGGGAGCUCUGUCCUGCCUGGGGGCCACUGGCACUCCCGGCUCCAGGAAUGAAAUCUCAGCCUUGGACUCGGUGGGUCAGGGGAGGGCCUGGUACAAUCAGGUGGACGCUGG